CAUCAAAAGCAGUGUGAACAGCAGAGUGAGGGAGGGGAUUAUGCCCCUCUACUCUGCUCUGCUUUCGUGAAACCCCACCUGGAGUCCUGCGCCCAGUUCUGGAAUCCUCAAUGUAAGAAGGAUAUGGAGCUGUUGGAAUGGGUCCAGAGGAGGCUACAAAAUGAUCAGAGGGCUGAAGCACCUUCGCUAUGAGGACAGGCUGAGAGAGUUGGGGUUGUUCAGCCUGGAGAAGAGAAGGCUCCAGGGAGAUCUUAUAGCGACCUUCCAGUGCCUGAAGGAGGCAUAAAAAAAAGCUGUUGAGGAACUUUUUACAAAGGCAUGUAAUUACAGGACUAGGGGCAAUGAGUAUAAACUGGAGAGGGAAAGAUUAGACAUAAGGAGAAAAUUCUUCACCCUGAGGAUGGUGAGGCACUGGUCCAGGUUGCCCAGGGAAGCUGAGGCUGCCCCAUCCCUGGAGGUGUUCAGGGCCAGGUUGGAUGGGGCUUUGAGCAGCCUGGUGUGUGAGAGGUGUCCCUGGACAUGGCAGGGGGUUGGAAUUAGGUCAUCUUUUAGGUCUCUUCCAAUCAUUCUAUGAUUCUGAGACAGGGGAAACGCUGUUCCUCUUCAAAAAAUCUGUUUAACACAACUGAUUUGCAAGAUUAUUUUUAAGGUGAGAACAAUUAAGAACUCUAACAGCUUGCCUGGCUGUGACAAUUAGCACUCACUAAGCCUAUCUUUGACAAAAUGUUGCACCCUGUUCUAUUUCAGUCCUACCAUAGGAAGAACUGAGAAAAUAAUGUAAAUACCCAUUGCUCUCCUGAGCAGGUCCCUGGGAUGGAGAGCCAGGGCAGAGCCAGGGGUGGGCAUGAACUGCCGUAGUAGUGAUCUCUGCCUGCCUCGCUUGGAAGGUGUGUCAUUUUGGUAAACACAGGCGAUAAGUUUAACUCGUCAUCGUGAUGUAAGCAAAAACUGUUGGCAGCCAGGGUGGAAAUGCAUGUUACUCCCUUCUUACAGGAAGAGGUAGUUUUAUGUUAGUUAAUAACACCAAGAAGCAGCCUUCUGGGCUCCUGCCCGUCCCCCUGUGUGCUCCCAGGGCAGCGGAGAGGCAAGUGGCAGCUGGGGUGGGAUGCUGGGGAGGCUGCUGGGGUGCAGCCCCAGGCUGUGGCGGCCAAUGGCUCGGCCAGUCCUGCGCCCCACCAGAGCCGUCGGUGACAAAGCGAAGGGCGCUCAAGACACGGCUUUGCAGAUGGCUAAUCCAGAUUACAAAGCAUUAAAAAAUGACAGAAGCCCUACGAAUUUUGAUAAAAAGGUAUUAGUGUGGGCAGGACGCUUUAAAAGGGAAGAGGACAUUCCCAAGUACAUAUCGUCUGAAGUCCUCGAUGCCGCAAGGAACAGCGUCAGGAUAAAGGUUUGCUACAUCAUGAUUGCACUGACCUUGCUGGGCUGUUUGGCCAUGGUAAUCACAGGCAAAGAAGCUGCUAAAAGGGAUCACACGCUGCUGAUGAAGAACGUAGAAAAGAAGGCCAAAUGGAGGGCUGAAGUAGAGAAAGAUCAGGAGGCAGCUGUUGUGAAGCCACAAUGAUUGUGAACAGAUUUCUUUUAACAGGAGGAGAUAAAUGAUUUGCACACGUGGCAUGUGUAGCGGUCUUCAUUUAACCCUUUGUAUCUUUUUCACCAAAACUUUCAGGGCAAAGGUUUCACUGCUUAAAAAGUGCUCCAUACAAAUUGGGAAACUCCCAUUGAAACUCCAGCAGCUCCUUUCUGUGCCCUCUGGUCUUUGACACUGGUUUCUACUGAAAUACAGAAAUCUCUUCUAAACUGGGAUGUGUGGGAAGGAUGGAUAUGGACUCCCAAGAUCAGGAUGAGAUUUUUUGCGCUGAUGCUGAUGCUCAUUAUGGCCAUGGGGCUGACUCUUUGCAGGCAAGAAGGAUGCACCUCUCUAUUAGAGAGCGUCUCAUUCUGUGCAGUGCCUCUGGGGCAAACAGCCUUGGCCAAAGUGACCCAGGGCAGGGGAAAAGGAAGUCUGAAAUAUGUUUUGCUAGCACAAAGAAGUCAAUUAUCUCUAACUCUGAGCCUGCUGCUGUAGUUGUCUCCACUCCUUCUCCAGCCACUCAUGAGGUCCCAUGGGUAGGGGAGAGGAGGGACAUGAGUAUGAAGAGGGAUUGGAAAGAUGAAGGGGUGUGAGCAGACCCUGAUGAAUGAUUUGGGCCAAAAAGGGCUUUGAGCCAGAGGAGAUCUCAGUGAUGUAGAGUGGUAGCUUGGGCGUGUGUAGUGGUUUUGCUGCUGCAGGGC